AACGUCUUCGGGGGAUUGCUUCACAACUCAAUGAGUCAGCACGUUGUUGUCACGUGACUGCCAUAUUGUGUCGUGAAACCUUUGCACACGGCUCCCACCUAUCAACCCCACGAGAGCCUCUUAAGUCCCUAGAUGCUAAAAGACACACAGGUGAAAACACAGCUUUGACAUGGCAACCUUCUUUGUGGAUAUUGUUCUUAUUAUUGCUAUUUUUUCAUCAACGAUCCAUCUGGGGGUCUCAAGUCAGGAACACCACAGCCGUGGCCGAGUUAAUGUGUAUCAGCAAGUGCUCACCACUUUAAACGUCACAGACAGCGAUACCCUCAGUCCGAACAAGACCAGGGAGUUCCUGCAAGUAUUAUUUCGCAGCUUUAAGUGCCAGUCAACCAAACCGGGCCCAUGUGUCUCUUUGUGUCUGAACGUCUCGGGUUUGUUCACCGUCGUGGGUGCUGACAGCACCCAGGGUCUGACCAAGGAGCAGUUUCACAACGCCACCGUUGUCAUCUUCUACUACAUCUACAACUUCACCAACUACUGUCGACAGAAUGUCAACCCGGAAAUCAACACGUUUGAGUCUUAUCUCCAGAAGGUUCAGAGCAUAUUAUUCGAGGAGGGUCACGGUGAUGUGGAGGCGGCGCCUGUUAAGCAUGCGCUGGAGCACAUUGCCGAGUUCAUCAAGCCAGGGGACGCUCAACAGCACCGGCAUCAACUCCACGACGACGAUACCCACGUAGAGGAGGUGUCAGUGCUGGAGGAGAAGUGUGUGAGUGCAGAUGCAGUGUUCUACCAGCUGGGUGAGGAGAGUGGGCAUAUCAAGGGAGAGAACCUUGCAGAGAUGACCGCCUUCAUUGUGUACCACCUUCUUGAGGGGUCGACAAUAAAAGAGAAGUGUCGUGUGCUCCCUUCCAGACAGAACAUCCUCAACGACCUCUUUGUCCAUAUCAACGCCCCCAACAACACCAUCACAAACACUGAGUUGAGUGCAUUGCUGGCCAAGCUGAACUUGGAGGGUGAACAAGAGGAGGACCACUCAGACAACGACCACAGGAGGAGGAGGAGGAGGAGCGCCGACGUUGAUGCUGCUGCAGACAGUGCUGUCCGUGUGCGGAGACAGGUUGAUGAUAUUCACGAUCCUACAACAGUCCUGGUCACCAAAAAGUGUUACUCCGUUGGUGAGAUCAAGGCAAUCAACGGUUUGGGGUAUGCUGACGUCAUCACUAAGAACAAGUUUGUGGAGCUAUGUCCCACCCUGGUGUACAUGCAAGUAGCAGGGUCGUGCGUCUCCACCCCCAACACCACACAACCAGCCACGCCCACCAUGGCAGAACGCUACGGGUACGGUUCCUUGGCUAUUCUGAUCAUCUGCUUCUGUGCUAUACCGGGCGUCCUCCUCUUCCCCCUCCCAAAGGGCACCUGCCACGAGGCGUUCAUGUCCGUCUUCCUGGGCCUUGCUGUCGGCACGCUGUUCUCUGACGCCAUCUUGCAUCUCAUUCCUCAGGCUUUCGGCCUACACGACCACGAAGACGAGCAUGCGCACAAUCAACCUUCCGGUCCAGUGACAGAAGAAUACACUUGGUAUGCUGUUGCGCUUAUCGCUGGUACCUAUGUCUUCUACCUGAUCGAGUCUGUCAUGGCGGUUCUUGGAUCCGGGCACACGCAUUCUCACAAUCACUCGUCUGUGGAACUGAACCAAAUCGAUGUAGAUCGUGUGAAGAAAGAGCCCAUUGGGGUAAUCGAAGAAAAGAGUCCACGAGAGAAGUCAUCUUUUUCAACGCUUGCCUUUAUGGUGAUAAUCGGGGACGGCAUCCACAACUUCGCAGAUGGUCUGGUGGUUGGUGCCGCCUUCAGUCUCAGCGUCACUAGCGGCCUCACCACCAGCAUCGCCGUCUUCUGCCAUGAACUACCGCACGAACUGGGCGACUUUGCAGUGCUGUUGGCGAGCGGGAUGUCGUACAAGCGGGCGCUGUGCUGGAAUUUCGUGUCUGCCUUGACGGCGUUUGUUGGACUGUAUAUCGGUCUGUCUGUCUCCACAGACCCGCUGGUCCGACGGUGGAUAUUCGCCGUCACUGCUGGGAUGUUCGUCUACAUCUCCCUGGUCGACCUGUUACCGUCUUUUAUUAACAAUGUGUCGAGAAACCGGAAGUUGGUGUUUGUGAUGCACAACGUUGGGAUGUUGACUGGUUUCCUCUUCAUGCUGCUCAUCGCCUUGUAUGAGGAUAAGAUCAGCAUCUGAGGGUUAGGGUGUGGGCGUUUGUGCGAGACCUGGACACAAGACGUGGAGACUUUGCCAGAAGCAAUAAUACCUCAAGUGGUUCUGCGAGUGAUAGUGAAGAUGUUAUUGUUUCAAACGUUAUGUUCUUACCAUAGUACCUCUUUUUAAACUGACACGGUUGAAUAUUCCUCACUUUGUAAGUGGUAUAAUACUUGGUUACACGUAGAAAAUCUUUAGCUCUGGUCCUGAACUGUGAUGAUGGGAUUAUCAAAUAAUUCGGCGUUGCGUUUUUUUACGUAAUAUGUUGCAGACAGUGCAAGUGCGAGCGUAUAAUGUCACAUACGGCUUAUCAACACUUUUUUAACGCCGCACUCGGCAAUAUCCAAGCUAUAGGGCGGCGAUCUGUAAAUAAUCGAGUCUGGACCAGCAAAGUCAAGGAAGACACUAUGAACAUAAUAUAUCAAAACCUAUAUGUGAUGAGACAGAUCUGGUAUUUUUACUCGAUAUAUAUAAACCUAUUUCGCCUCUAAUGGUAAAGUCAAUGUGUUUUUUUAACUUUCUAAAUACCUCUAUAAUAAUCGGUCAAGUUGGGUACGAGAUCAAUUGCCACAAGCAUAAGCCAUGUAUAUUGUCUAGAAUAAACAAUAAGUUCUAGUUCUAAGAUUUACUAAUAAAGUCUUGGUGGGCCUUUAUGGACGUUCUAGAAAAUAAUAAUAUUCCUGCAGUUGGCAUUCCUUCACACGAUGUCUGGUUACACAAUAACAUACACGUGGGGAAGGAAACUAUGGCCUACAAAAUACAUCAGAUUUAUUAAUUAUUUUAUUCUCUCAUUUGUACAAUGCAGGAAGAAAUACAUUAAAAUUAAUUAUCUUAACUAUCCAAGUCUGAUCCAGUCUAUUGAGCAAUACUGUCGGCAACAGGGCAUUCAGAUGCUGAAGAAACUUACUUAACCAAUUUUACCAUUUAAUAUAUUUCAUUGGUUAAAAACCAGUAAAGGUUCUCAAUAAAAUACUUAUGGACAAACAAACUACCAAGAAUCACCUCUUUCAAACAUUGGAAUUCUUGCUUAGAAAUGAUAUCUGUCAUGAACAUUUCAGUGGUUUCAAUAUCAAAUAUUACAUCAUAUACUACCUACACUUCAGCAACCCAUGCUUACCGUAAAAGGCGACUAACGAGAUCGGGUGGUCAGGCUCGCUGACUUGGUUGAUGCAUGUCAUCGUAUCCCAAUUGCGUAGAUUGAUGAUCGCUUAUCGAAUUGCAUAGUUCUUGAUAGUUCAUUUUCUCAAAUAAUAUCCUCUCUUUUGAUAUUGUGCCGUGUGAUAUUAACGUAGAUGUGAGGGUUCUAACAGAUGUGUCGAAAUGAUUUUUUUCAAUAUAAUUACAUUAAUCAAUGCUGAUAAACGCAUGGUUUUCAAUUCUCUAACGGUACUUUUCCUACGCCUAAGAAUUAACAUUAAUAGGGAGGGAGGCAAUGACGACGCUUCACUCUGAAGCAUUACUUUUACAGCUAUUCGCUGCGAGGAGUCGUCAGACGAGGGUCACGCAUGCUGCGUUUAUGAAAAGUCAGGCCGUCAUAUAUAAUGGUCAUGAAUAAGGAGAGGUCGCGAACUGAUCAAUAGUAAUAGUCCUGUUAUCAGAAAACGCAAAAAGGAACCAAGAAAAAUAUUACACCUUGUAUUGUGCGUAUCAUCUGUCCAUUUGAACCUGAUAGCGUUAUUGAAAACCAACCUCACUGAAAAAGAUACUUCCCUGUAUCAGCUAUGAUAGAUAAUGUUUGUUACUUCAUCCGCAAGCAUUGCAUGGAAGUAAGAGAUCUGGUUUUAACUAGAUUGGUUGUUAACGCACGUGAUGUGUUUAUUAACUGCGGUGUGUAUAUGUAACAUGAUGUAUUGUUUCUUUGUGAGGAGAGUUUAUUUAUGACAUUUAUAAUAAAAUUA